UCCUGGGUCACAGAAAGUUUAAGAGUGCUUUACAGGGGAGACUCACUUCUUUUUGCCUCAACAUUUCCAUGCUGACAGGAUGUUACGGGUUUUGCUGCUUACUCUUUUUGUAGUUACCAUUGCUCAUGCUGAGCUCUGCAAGCCAGAUGCACAGAAUGCUUUCAAAGUACGGCUUAGUAUCAAAACAGCUUUGGGAGAUAAUGCAUAUGUCUGGGAUGCUAAUGAAGAGUACCUCUUCAGAGCAGUGGUGGCUUUUACAAUGAGAAAAUAUUCCAGCAAGAGCACAACUCGAAUUUCCAAUGUGCUGCUCUGCAACGUGACGGAUCGGGUGUCAUUUUGGUUUGUGGUCACAGAUUCUUCUGAAAAUGUGACAACUGUUCCUGGAAGCGAGGUAGAGGCAGCCAUCAGGAUGAACCGGAACAGAAUCAACAGUGCCUUCCUACUGAGUGACAAAACACUGCAGUUCCUGGAGAUAACUUCAACCUUAUCACCUCCUGUUGAACCCUCCACGCCUGUUUGGCUUAUUGUAUUUGGUGUUGUUCUUUGUCUCAUUGUGGCUGGAAUUGUUUUCCUCAUUGUUGCAGGGAUUCAGCAACGCAAGAAAAAGAAUAAAGAGUCAACAGAGGGAGAAAAUUUGGAAGAUAAAGGCGAAGUGACAGUAACAGUAGAAAAUGGGAUUCCUUGUGAAACGCUGGAUUUAAAAGCAGGCCACAUUAAUGGAGUCUUUGCAGCAGAUGAUGAACGGUUCACAUCCUUAUGAAAUACUGCCAUUGCUAUCUAUCGGUGUUUUGAAAGACUCCUGUGCCUGCCUUAUCUCGUCACUACUCCUGAAUGUCAAACAUGAAGAGAAGAAAAAUGUUCUUUCACCAUAUUUCCCUCGAGAGAACCUUUUGCUGAUAACACAUACAUUCAAGCCUCCAUUACAGAACUUUUGUUCAUGAGCAAAGCAAAUGAGAAGACUUCAAAUGAUAUCCAUUCAAGAUUUCCAGGAAAAUGUGUGGAGAACAGGAUUGAAUCCUGCCUUGUGUCAGGCAUUUAAUUUUUAAUGAUUAUUUAAAUAUCUCUUGCUUGGUUUUGCCUGGUAUAAAUGUGAAACUGUGUUAUUCCUGACUGUCACUGGGGAGAUCAUCUAUCAUUGUCAAUUCUUGCUGGGCUUUAUUUCAAGCCAUAUGCAAAUUUUCUCUGUAAAAUUGCUUCUGUUUGCUGAUACACAGUGUGGCUUUGGAUGGAAUAGUGAUCAGUACAUGGAAGUUUUAGUUUCUUGAAGAAAAACACCAUGCUUUCUCAGCCUCCAUAAAAGUAGGUUAAAAAGCAGCUGGGUCAUGUGUAGCUUUAGGACUAGCAAGGAUCUGGUACUAAAAAUAUUUUCCACUUAACAGUCAAAGUCACAGAUUAUAUGACCUGGAAACUAAAAGUUGCAAAAGUCUGAAAUUUGUUGAAAUUAAAAGUUGCAACAAAGGGCAGAUUUUCCAAAGGUGCAGUCUGUGAUUAGUGGCCCAGCUCUCAUUAAAUCUAGGAGGGCAUUUCACAGGUCUUUGAAAAAAUCUUCCUUACAUUUUUUAAUUGUGAAAGUAGAGCAGAUUUCCAAGAUGUAGCAAACACAGGUCAGCUGCACUCUUCAUGUGACAGCUGGAUAGCUUUUGAAAAGAUUCAGUGCUUGAAACACCAGCUGUUGGGCUUGGUGUGCCUGACCCAGAUGAGAAUGUGUAGGUGGUGGUAAGUUGGCAGAGACCAUUCAGACCUGGGUUUCCUGUUUAUGUGGCUGGAAGUUAAGGGUACCAAGUGGUGCCAGACCCGAAACCACAUUGCUGGAUUACUUUGAAGUCAGCCACACAUCCAAAGUGUGCUAUCUGUGUCCUAAUCCCAUUCCCACUUAAAUCAGUGAUAAAAUUCAUACUGAUUUCAGAACAACUGGGGCCCAAUAAAGGGAGUUGAAUGUAUGGGUAACUACAUAGAGAAUGGAACUGUGUUGAAGCAAACUGAUAUCUGCAGUCAUCAAACAACUGCCCACAUCACUGGAGGCAAAAUUUGACCAUUAGCCAUCCUUUUUCCAGUGCCGUGUUUUGGGGAAAUAGUAGAAAAUCCAUUUACAUAUUAAGGUUAUUCCGUCAGACUCCUCACCAACAGGAACAGGAAAAAGCUGCUUGUAAAGGACCAUACGGUGUCCUGAAGGGUACAAAGGUUUCUUAUCUCCCAGGGUACAAAUCCUUCAGCAUUUUGGCUGUAUUGAGCACCUUUGACUCUCCAUUUGACUCAGUGCUGACUCUUGGGUAGGGGUUGAGCAGAAGGGGAGGAACGGGGAUGACAAUGGGAAGCAGUGCAGUGGAGGCCCGAGGGCAGGGGAGACGGAGAGAAGGGCUAAAUGCAAAAUAAAACCUUGAAACUCACUGAUCAUUUGCCUCACUUGGUCUCAUCUGUCACAGUUGUCUUUCAUGUCCUGAUGGUGGGUCCCUCUGGAUAAAGACUGUGUCUUUGCGUCCCAGAGGGUGUGCUGCUCCAUUCUAGAAAAGGAUUAAUAAAGUCCAUUAUUAAUGAUAAUAUCUCAGUGCUUCAAAAUUACCAUCCACAAUAUGGAGAUGUAUUUCUCACAGGAAUGUCAAAGAUUAAGCUUACCACUGUUUAAGAUCAUUUGGAGGGAAGAUAUAGAGUACAGUGUUAUUAUUGCUUCCUCAGUCAUUGUUCCAGGGUCUUUCACUCAGGCAGAAUUUUACUGAGGUAAUUCAGAUCCCAUCAUUUCUAAACCUUCACACUUUUCCUAUUCUUUGUAUGACAGAUAGCUACUCUGCUGUAUGACAGCAAUGGAUUGCUUUAACUGCAGCACCUCUGCCUUUACCAGUGAAAGAUUUUGGUGAGAAUAACUUGGCAGUGCAAGAGCAACCUCGAGCUUCUGAUUAAAAAUUACUGUUUUCCUGU